UUCAAAGGCAUGUAUUCGGUAUGUCGGUUUCUGUUUAACAACAUUACGUGUAUGCGCUAUUACACGCGCAAUACCGCUUGGCUAGCUAUACACAGUGCAGUGCACUAAUAUGCUGGGAACACCUUUUUCUGACACCAAGCAUGAACAAUAAGGAGCUGGAUAUUACUACCAAUCAGGCAUAGGCCUGGCCACUCUACAUCCCACCACUCAGAUCUUUUCCUUCACCACCCUCCCAGGGACAGUCAUUUGUAAACAGCAUGUCUUCCGGCCCACCUCAGUCACCUGCGGUGGCUAAGACAGAGGUAACUGUCGAAGGAGAAUGUCCGCUCCUUGCUGCAACCUUUGCCUACUGGGACAACAUCCUCGGCCCACGGGUACGCCACAUCUGGGCUCCCCGGUGUGAGCAACCACUGUUGCUAAGUGAUGGUGAGGUCACCUUCCUGGCCAAUCACACAUUGAAUGGGGAGAUUCUUCGCAGUGCAGAGUGUGGAGCGGUGGAUGUCAAGUUCUUUGUCCUAGCUGAGAAGGGUGUUAUCAUCGUAUCCCUCAUAUUUGAUGGUGAACUGAAGGGGGACAAGAACACAUGUGCCUUGUCCAUCAUCUUGCCACAGACAGAGCUGGCUUUCUACCUGCCCUUGCACACUGUCUGUGUGGAGAGGCUAAAACACAUAAUCCGCAAAGGACGCAUCUGGAUGCAGAAGGGAUAUAACAUAAUUUCUGUGCUGACGUCAGAGAUUGUCCCCAUUAUGGAGCUGCUGUCCUCCAUGAAGACACACAGUGUCCCAGAGGAUAUAGAUAUCAAGGAUACUAUCUUAAAUGACGAUGACAUUGGAGACAGCUGCCAUGAAGAUUUCUUGCACAAGGCAAUCAGUUCUCAUCUUCAAACCUGUGGCUGCUCCAUGGUAGUUGGAAGCAAUUCAGACAAAGUCAACAAGAUAGUACGCACACUGUGCCUCUUCCUCACACCUGCUGAGAGGAAGUGCUCUCGGCUCUGUAAGGCUGACUCCUCUUUCAAGUACGACACAGGACUGUUUGUACAAGGUCUCCUCAAGGACUCCAUGGGCAGCUUCGUCUUGCCCUUCCGCCAGGUGCUGUACUCACCCUACCCCACCACUCACAUCGACGUGGACAUCAACACGGUGAAGCAGAUGCCGCCCUGCCAUGAGCACACUUAUAACCAGCGCCGCUACAUGCGCUCUGAGCUCAGCGCCCUCUGGAAAGCAGCUAGUGAGGAGGACAUUGCUCCUGACACUGUCAUCCACACCGACGAGUUCUUCACCCCUGACCUAAAUAUCUUUCAGGACGUUAUGCAUAGAGACACCCUGGUGAAGUCAUUUUUAGAUGAGGUGUUCAUGCUAAAGCCAGGCCUCAAUCUGCGAAGUACUUACUUAGCCCAGUUCUUGCUCAUACUUCACAGGAAAGCACUCACACUACUCAAAUACAUUGAAGAUGAGACACAAAAGGGAAAGAAGCCUUUCCGCUCCUUGCGCAGCUUGAAGACAGACCUCGACUUGAUGGUGGAAGGUGAUCUGAAUAUCAUCAUGGCACUGGCUGAGAAGCUGAGGGCUGGAUUGCACUCAUUUGUAUUUGGGAAGCCAUUCUACACCAGUGUGCAUGAGCGUGAUGUGCUCAUGAGCUUUUGACUCCUACAAUCCUCCUCAUGACACUUGGUUACUCUCUUGAGAAAUGGGUAACAAAUUAAUGUGACUGCCUUUACUAGGGUGACAUUUUCUGUCCACUAAACAGCGUUGAAGUGUAGGAAUGUGCAAAAAUAUACAGCAGGACAGUAUUUCCAAAGGUCAAAAUUUCUCAAAUUUCAUUUUAAAAGGAGCUCUUUACAUUUCUGUUUUUCUGUUUUCUAGAUAAUUCAUAUUUUCAAAUGUUAUGAUUAUGCCCUUUUGCAUAUGAGCUCUUUGGGGGGAAAAGAACAUCUUAUAAUUUCAGCCUGUUCAUAUAGGAUAGAACUUUGAGCCUACUUUAAUGUAAAAACGAGACUCUCACACACUGUCUUUGCUUGCAAGUGUUAAAACUAUGCAUUUUGGUCAAAAUACUUUCACUAGGCAUGACUAUAUUCUUCUAUUUUACACAUCUGCGCACACAUUGAACCAGGAGUGAAAUGUAUCGUUUUCGGUUAGCCUACUUUAAUGUAACUAGAUUUGAUUGUAAUAGACCAAUGACUGCUCAUCUGUGUAAGGGGUGUUUCCCAUUGGCAGAAACAUUUGUUUCUAAACACCCACAUGAUCAGAUGGAGCAUUUUAAUGGCCAAAGGAGGCUCAGGUAAAUUAUAAAAAUAAGCAUACAGUAAUUUGUUUAGCAUGCAGUUAUAAUUUAAGAAUAAAACUACAAAAAGCUUAAGACAAGCUUUGGCUCUUAAAGGAACCUUUUCAAAAUGAGCACACCCCAUUUGUUUAUUACAUUACUAGAUUAUCUCUGCAUCUCCUCUAUCUAUUGACUGACUGACCACAGCAGGUGGUCACAACUCUUUCAGCAGUCUUGUGGUGCCAAUAUGAACAUGCUGACAUAGUAAUAGCGUAGCAGUGCUUUAUGUAGGUCAAAUGAUUUGCAGUAAUUAUAUGGUUAUAGAAGGUGAGCUGGAGUGGUUUGGGCAAUUAUGUUCAACACAGUCAAUGGUUUUGUUAUAACAGACCAUAUGCAUGACUGUAAAUAUUCUGUAGUUAAUUUUCGUUAGGCAUAUCUACAGUAUGUAUUUCAGUGAUUGCCUCCAGUCACUGAGGAUACAUUCUGAUCAUCGACAAGAGAGUUUGUUUUAAGUUUUCUUUUACAUGUAAAUCUUGAUGUGUAUAUAUUUCAUUAUUAACAAAAUUGUUGACCUAAAUUAUUUGUGGUAUAAUGUGAUAUACCAGUCAGGUAUUGCUAUCAUUUGUUCAUAGUUACUGUUUGAUGACAUGACUACCUAAAUAUUCCUUUGUGUGUGUAAUGUUUUAUCUUUCUAUAAAAAUUAAAUGUUACGAUCAACUGUCACAGUAACUUAAUUAUUCAAAAGCCUUAAUUUGAUUAAAGAGGUAGGCUAGUAAAUGGUGUAUUCCUGUAAAACCCUAAUGUUGUUCAUUACACUGUACUGAUGCCGUUUUCAAGUUUUAUUCUCAAACAUUUUUCAGUGCAUCUAUGAUGAUAAUAAACAAUGUGUCUACAAAAUG